AUGUCGUCCUUGGUAUCCGACUUCCUCAUCAAUCCGGUCCUCCGGCAAGCUCGUCGCUUUUCUGAGAUCUCGAGAACAACCUUUGUCUCCGACCGGGACUCUUCGUCCGAUCCUGUCGCCGUCGCAAGCGACUUGGAUAGUCCCGCAACCCGGCAUGCGACAGAUGCGCCACUCGAACCCACUCCGCAACGAUCACUCGACCUGACAACACUUCCGUCAACCGUCGACGACGAGCGCCCUCAGUCUCCCGCUCCCCAAGUCCCACCCGCGCCAUACACAGUGGUCGUGAUGCCGCCUACAACACGGGAAUCUCUGCCCGCCGACGACGGCAUGGGUGCAAUGCGAAAGCGUCUACUCGAUAUUCAGUCUCAAGAUAUCGCUGCAGAUGAAAAGGCCCGGCUUAUGCACGAAGCUUUGAUGGAGGGGUAUCGCAAGUCUCGAGACGCCCCACGCCAAGCCAAUGCUCCAGCCAGCAUAAUAUCCGCAGGGGAAGCAUGGGAACAGUCGUUGCCCAUGGCACCUCUCGAAUCGUUAAAAUUUUGGCAACAUUCGAUAGGAGAGCCGUCCUCUCCAGGAAGGUUCAUUCUGACCGCCGACGAUGUUCGGCCCACGUACGCGGCACCAAAGCUUGCGACAAGGGAAGAGCCCGAGGGUGCUGUGAUUCUUGGCUGCCAACAUUACCGGCGCAAUGUCAAGCUGCAGUGCUCGACCUGCUCCAAGUGGUAUACUUGUCGUUUCUGUCAUGAUGCAGUCGAGGAUCACACUCUUGUCAGGAAGGAAACCAAAAACAUGCUAUGCAUGCUCUGCGCCACGCCCCAGAAAGCAUCCGAUGUCUGCGUGAAUUGCGGUGAGACCGCAGCUCGUUAUUACUGCAACAUGUGUAAGCUGUGGGAUGAUCAUCCGUCCAAUCCAAUCUACCAUUGUAACGACUGCGGUAUAUGCCGGCGCGGAAGAGGUAUCGGGAAGGACUUUUUCCAUUGCAAGAAAUGCUGCGCAUGCAUCUCGAUUUCCAUUCAGCAAUCUCACAAAUGCAUCGAGCGCUCAACGGAUUGUGACUGUCCGAUAUGCGGAGAGUACAUGUUUACCUCUCCCAAGCCAGUCGUGUUCAUGGGAUGUGGUCACAGCAUUCACCAGAAGUGCUAUGACGAGCAUAUGCUGAGAUCAUACAAAUGUCCCAUUUGCAACAAGAGCUUACUCAACAUGCAAAGCCAAUUCCGCCAAUUGGAGCUGGCCAUUCUUGCCCAGCCGAUGCCCCCUGAGUUCAGGGACACUCGCGCCACAAUCUUGUGUAACGACUGUAGUGGGAAGAGUUCCGUCCCGUAUCACUGGCUCGGUCUCAAAUGCGCGAUUUGUACUUCUUACAACACAGCGGAAAUUCAAAUCAACGGUGGGAGAGAAGAGACGCAGGCCGCUCAUGGCACACCAGCGGCAGUUACGCCGGCCGUUCUUUCGCCUGCACAGCCCACCUCCGUGGCAACGCAGGUUGCUGCUCCGGCUGGAAUAGACAUACCGCAUGUCGGCAGGCGGCGACAUUCGUCUCAUGCAGGCCCAGAGGCACGUCAUCUGAUGUUGGAUCGCUUUGCUCGGUCAGCUUCGCCAGCAGUUACGCCCGGUAUGCCACUACCGAACGCGACAGAUGCUGCUAUCGAAGAAGAAGAUGAGUCAGAGAAUGAUAUUCUCAAUUUAUGGGGCCGGGAUCAUGAUGACUCUGAUAGCGAUACGAUGUCGACGGACCUGGACGAAGAAGAGUCGGAGGGUGACGAUGACGAUGACUAUGAGAACGAGAUCAUGCUCAUCGGACAUCGAUAA